AUGGUCGCAGAGAAGGACCACAAAGGCCAGGAAGGCCGUUCCUGGCUCCGGAAUAAGCAAAAUCGCAACUCGCAGACCGACUCGGAGGACUCGCUCAAGAAGCGACCGGCCAAAUGGAGCUUGGGUAUCCUGAAUGACACGGAGACGGACGAGGUUCCUGGCUCUGUCUUGCUACUCUCCAAAGUGUCGAAUCGUAACGAGCCGCUCGGACUCCGCAACACGCCCGCCAGAACCUCGACCUCGUCCUUGCCCUCCCCAUUCCCUUACUCGUCACACUCUCGUAACGGAUCUCUUGCGCCUCGCUCUCGUACGGGCUCUAUGGUGCCCCCUACUCCGGAUAAGAAACAGACUGGAGACGGCAUCGUGCUCGAACCACAACCCGAUGAGUCUCUGAACGACCCGCUGAACUGGCCGAAAUGGCGCAGAGAUUGCGCUCUGCUGUCUCUAGGUUUCUUCUGCAUGCUCGGUGGUGGUAUGACUCCUGUUCUUGCUGCAGGCUUCGUCAAUGUCUCCGAAACCUACGACGUCUCUGUGCCACAGGUUGCUCUGACCACUGGUCUGUAUAUGUUGGGCCUCGGUCUUGGUAGCGUUGUAGCGUCGCCUACCGCUAUUUUGUAUGGCAAGAGACCUGUAUACCUCGUCGCAUCAGUCAUUUUUGUGCUGUCUGCUGUCUGGUGUGCAUUGUCUCCCAACUAUGCUUCCUUGGUACUUGCACGUAUCUUCAUGGGCUUCGCUGUCAGCCCUGUCGAAUGUCUUCCCUCUGCAACCAUUGCCGAAAUCUUCUUCUUGCACGAGCGUGCCUACCGACUAGGUAUAUACACUCUAUUGCUUCUCGGUGGUAAGAAUCUCAUCCCGCUGGUGAGUGCCGCCAUUAUAGAAUCGCUCGGUUGGCGGUGGGUCUUUUGGAUCGUCGCUAUGGUGGUAUCAUUCGGUGCCGUCUUGUUAUUCUUCUUCGUUCCCGAGACUUUCUGGGACCGCACACCGAGGCCUUCUCGACACUCACACAAGCACCACAGACCGAGACUGAUGAGCAACAUAUCCUUGGCCUCCAUCUUCCACCGAGGCCAUGCCGAUACCCACGCGCACGAGGCCGCGCCUGAAUUGGAAAAAGGAGAAAAGCUCGAUCUCUCUCACACCGAGAGUCCCACCAAGACAAAGGGAGAGAAGCGAUUGUCAAGACAUGCUCACUUCAGUGAGCCUGAUGAUGACGAGAUCGCUCCUGAGAACGGCAGAAAGUUGAGCGUGCCAGCUCUGAACCUACCAGCCCUCGAAACAGCCGAGACUCCUGAGCCUCAAACGCCACGGAAACCGCAGGCGGAUGCUUCGUUGCAACUUCCUUCCCCGGGUGUGCAGCCUGCCUCUCCAGGAUCGCAACUCUCUCCUCAAGCAAGUGCACUAUCGCCAGGAUCCGCGCAUUUCUCUCCUGGAGCACAACACUUGUCGCCAGGAGAUGAUCCCUUCGUGUCAUAUAGAUCCACAUCCGAACACAACCACAUGAGAUCCAACAGUGCGCAAUUCGACAGCGUGCCUCCGUCACCCGGCCACUCUGUGGACGCGAACAACCCCGGCUUGGUAUAUACAACUUUCUACCGCGCCGCGCCGCCAAAGUCGUUUGUCGAAACUUUGAAACCGUAUGCCGGACGUCUAUCCCAAGAUCAUUGGGGCAAGGUGGCCCUUCGCCCGUUUAUCUUGUUCGCAUACCCGGCCAUCCUGUGGUCAUCGUUGAUCUACGCACUCUCGGUCGGCUGGUUGAUCGUACUUUCCGAGUCCGUCUCAGUCAUCUACGAGAACCGCGAGACAUACCACUUCACCGCUCUACAAGUCGGUCUCGUGUACAUCUCCCCCUUCAUCGGCGGCAUCCUCGGCACCGCCGUCGCCGGCCGCUUCUCCGACGUCAUCGUCCGCUGGAUGAGCAGAAAAAACGACGGCGUCUACGAGCCUGAAUUCCGCCUCAUCAUGGCCAUCCCCGUGACCAUCAGCACCGUCAUCGGCCUCAUGGGCUACGGCUGGAGUGUUUCCGAACACGACGCUUGGAUCGUACCCACCGUCUUCUUCGGCAUCAUAAGUUUCGGCUGCUGUGUGGGCUCCACCACCGCCAUCACUUUUGCCGUAGACAGUUAUCGCCAAUACGCCGGCGAAGCCCUCGUCACCCUCAACUUUUCCAAAAACAUUUUUCACGGCUUGGUGUUCCUUGCUCUUGGCGGCAUCCAGUUGGGCUGUCUACUCUUUACGAUCCCCAUGUACAUUUAUGGAAAGAGAGCGAGAAUGUGGACGGUGAGGAAAAACUUGAUGGAAAAGUUUUAA